AUAAAUACACCAAACAUUAUUUGGUGGAUAUAGCAUAAAUAUGAAUGUUCCCUUUCGCAUGAAAAAAAAAACAUUGGGUAGUGGAUUUCGCCUGUUAGACCACCCAAACCCUCCUUACCCCUUUUCUUCCUUUCUGUAUCAGACUCUGGCAAGCUAUACCACUCUUCCUCGCUUGAUAAAUUGCCUCUUUCAACAAAAACUCCCAAUGUUUCAUAAAAUCUCAUUCUCCCUCCUUUUCUCUUCUUUCUGAGCUUUGUUUAAAUCACUCUCCCUUUACUCUUUCAUAUCCUGACUUCACCCUCUCUUUCUUUGACACUCCUUAUUGUAUCUACGACUUCCUGUCCGUCCGAUGGCUGAAGGCAAGCUUGAUCUGCCUGCCGAUCUACUUUCAUCUAAGCCGUUUGAUCGCCCGUGGACCUCCAAAGUGGAAGCUUCAGGAGGAAAUGAGGAAAAAGUUGAUGAAUUGAAAGAUCAACUGGCAUCAGAGAGCAGCAUACCUUUGUCUCCACAAUGGCUCUAUGCUAAACCCACUGAGACAAAGAUGGAUGCACGUUUUCAAAAUUCCGUGUCUACUGGAAACUCCAGUGAUCCCAACCAGAAGGAGGGCUGGUGCUUGGAUGGAUCUGAGGAGACAAAAGAUUGGAGGAGGAUACUGACUGAGAGUGAAAGUAGUCGCCGCUGGCGUGAAGAGGAAAGAGAAAGUAGCUUACUCAGUGGUAGGAGAGACCGCAGGAAAGGAGAGCGACGUCUUGACACUACUUCAACGAGAGAAACAACUGAAAGUAGAUUGUUGUCAUCCUCUGAUUGGUGUCAUGAUGGUAAUACUCGUAAUCCAGGGCAUGAAUCUCUCCGUGAUAGCAAAUGGUCAUCUAGGUGGGGUCCUGAAGACAAAGAGAAGGAAUCUUGUUUUGAGAAGAGGAUGGACACUGAGAAGGAGAAGGAAAAUACUAAAAGUGACAGUCAGCCAUUUGUUAGUAGCAAUCGUUCGGGUUCUGAGCGUGAUAUAGAUUCUAAUGAUAAAUGGAGGCCACGACAUAGAAUGGAGUUGCAUUCAAGUGGUUCAACUACCUCUCGUCCUGCUCCUGGAUUUGGACCUGAGAAAGGAAGGUUGGAGAAUCAUAACCCUGGUUUUACCAUUGGACGGGGAAGGUCAACUGGUGUUGGAAGGUCAUCAUGUGCAAGCCCUAUCGGUGCCAUUCACUCAUUUAAAAGUGAAAUUUUACCUGGAAAACCAAACCUUUUUGCUGGUACUUUUCGCUAUCCUAGAAGUAAGUUGCUUGACAUUUAUCGCAGGCAAAAGCUUGAUCCAUCUUUUGCUGCCAUGCCUGAUGGGAUGGAAGAAUCACCUCCUUUAACUCAAGUGGGCAUUAUUGAACCAUUGGCUUUUUUUGCACCUGAUACUGAAGAGGAGGCUAUCCUUAGUGAUAUAUGGAGGGGUAAGGUUACCAAUAGUGUAGUGUACAAUUCAUGCAGACAGGGGAAAUCAAGUGAAAAUGUCUCAGAAGUUGGAGACUCAGAAUCCUCUGAGGGUAAAGAGGGUAUCCUCAGUCACAUUCCUACUGGAGCAACUAAUGAUACCUUACAAGAAGCUGCAAGUGCUGAUGCUUAUCGAGCUCCUAUUGAAGCUGGAAAAAGAGUUACUCAUGAAGAAGAGGAUAAAAUCGCUUUUAGUCCAUCAAAUUCAGAUGGAAUUAUACCUACAGUCCCUAAACCUAAUGGCCUUUGCAGUGCAAUAGAAAUUGGUUCUAUUCACCCUAAUAUGAGUGAAAAUUGGCAGAUGGAAUUAUCUUCUUCUGGCCAUCCUCGAUUUGGUGGCAGUGAGCCAACCCCACUUUUUGAUAUCAAAUUGAAUCUUCCUGGUGAUUCAAGUUCUCUAUUUCAUGUGGCCUUUGAGCAAAAUCAGAUUAGUGAUGGGCAGCUAAUGGAGAGUAAAAGUGGGACAAAGAGUUUGGGAGCAGCAAUUUCUCCUGAGGAGUUUACUUUGUUUUACAUUGAUCCUCAGGGGAAUACCCAGGGUCCGUUCCUUGCGGCUGACAUCAUAAUAUGGUUUGAGCAGGGUUUCUUUGGGCUUGACUUGCCAGUAUGUCUGGGAGAUUCUCCUAAAGGAACUCCUUUUCAAGAAUUGGGUGAUAUCAUGCCACAGCUGAAAGCCAAAGAUGGACAUGCCGGCAUUGUUAAUUUGAAUUGUAAGCUAGAGGAGUCUGGGGCUUUGGGAGGAAAUUUGGAAGCUAGUACACCUGCUUCUGCUCCAGUCAGCAACAUUCCAGAUUCAUCCACAGAGAAUGACCUGCAUCACCCACUGUCUGAGUUCAACAACCUCUCAUCUCAGCAUGUUCAUUCGAGAAUAUCUGAGCCUGAGGCUCCACUGCAGAUGCCACAUUCUCAGGGUCAAAAUUUUGAAGAUUUUGUUGCACAAGAUGAAGAAAUUGUAUUCCCGGGAAGAUCUGGAAAUUCUAGCUAUCGUGUUGUGAAGUCUUCUAGCCAUGUUAAUGAUCCUGUGGCAAAUUCUGGUAGCCAAUUGUCUCUUCCAAAUGAGUUGACCGAAAUUGAUGUACCAAAUCUAAGUGGUAAUAAGCUGCAUCAUUUUGUCUUAUUGUGGUCUGAGCCUGAAGGUGCUCAAUCAAGGAACAACCAACCUUCCAAUGUUCCUUUUGGCAUUGGGAGGGCUGCUCCAUUUGGUUCUGUGGCUGAUCCAGCUGUUUCUGGAGAGCCUUGGUCUGAUGUUUAUAGGAAAAGUGUGCUUCCUGACCACAACUUGUUUCAAGAUGCUUUGGCUGCUCAGCAUAUUUUGCAUGUGGAGCAAGAAUCAAACCAUUUUGAUGUAGCAGGGCUACUUAUGUCUCAACAAGUUCAGAAACAGCAGUUCCAACAGCUAAAUAUGUUGUCUCCUCAUGGACGCCUUAAUGAAUCGGUUCUGGAACAUGUGCCAAGUCAGAAUCAGAAUUUUCUUCAGCAGCGACAAUUGUCCAACCUUUCUGCACCAGAUGUGGAACACCUUUUGGAUCUAGAGAUGCAACAGCAGCCGCAGCUUCAACUCCAGCAGUAUCAAUUGCAGCAACAGAUACAGUUCCAUCAGCAGCAAAAGCUUUUACGGGAGAGACAGCAGUCUCAAGUUCAACAACUUCUCCUUGAGCAACUGUUGCGUGGUCAAGUGCCUGACACUGGCCUUGGGCAGUCGCAUUGUGAUCCUAGCAGAUCCAAUAAUGUUCUUGAUCAGGUUUUAUUAGAGCAGCGGCUUGUACAUGAGCUUCAACAACAGUCGCAUAAUCAUCCAAGACAUGUUCCAUCAACAGAGCAGCUUAUUCAAGCAAAAUUUGGUCAAGCACCACUAGAAGAGCCUCAAAGGAACCUAUUUGAAUUAAUUUUGCUGGCACAGCAUGGACAAUCACAGCCUUUGGAACAUUGGCUUCUUCAACAAGAGCAGCUGCAGAGGCAGCUCUCAAUGGGACUGAGACAGCAUAAUGAAGAACAUGAUUUAGACUCCAUAUGGCGAAGUGAUCAGACCAAUCAGCUUCUUAGGAACCAUACUGGUAUUAACCGACUUCAUUCUUCAGGCUUUAGCCCAUUAGACUUUUAUCAACAACAGCAAAGGCCUAUCCAUGAGGAGCAGCUAAGGCAUCUAGAACGCAAUCUUUCAUUAAAGGAGCAGCUUCAUCAAGGGCUUUUUGAGCCUUCGUCGUUGCAAUUUGAGCGAUCAAUGUCUUUGCCUGCUGUUGCUUCUGGUGUUAAUAAGGAUGUAGUAAAUGCUAUGUUUUGUGCUAAAGGUUUAGAUACACGGGAGCCAACCACUCAUAUGCAAUCUGCUGGUCAAGCUGUAACAUUUUCUUCUGGUGUCCACCCUCAUAAUCCUCACCACUCUUUAGUCCCCAAUCAGGUUCAUGCUUCUCAAUUGGAUGCAAAUGACAGCUACUGGUCUAAGAGCAAUGGCCAACUGGGAAAUGACUGGAUAGAACCUCAAAUCCAGAAAUUGCAUUUCAAUUCUGAACGGCAGAAAAGGCAUUCAGAAUUCAAAAUGACUUCAGAGAAUCCUGGCUUAUGGAUGUUUGACAGGCUCAAUGAUGACAAGUCCAGGCAAUUUUUGAUGGAAUUGCUGCAUCAGAAAUCGGGCCAUCAACCUGAGCCAUUAGAUAGGUUCGCAUCUGGCAUCUAUACAGGAUCAAGUUCUUUGGAUCACCCAUUUAGUGUUCUAGCAGGGCAAGAUGCAGGUAUAAACAAGUCAUUUGUGGUAGAUUCUUACAGUUCAAGUUCAUCUGAACCGUUGCAUAUUUCUUUCACUGAUAAGCUGGCUGGCGGUUCAGAAUUCAAUGAAAGGCUGCCAUUUAGAGCUGAAUCUGUAGCAUUUUCUGAGGGACAGCCAUUUUUGUCACCCAUCAGUGAGAAUGGUCAUGCAAUUUAUGGAGGUGCUAAUGUGACUGGGUUGUUAACUGCGAGCAAAGAGUUGUCAGAUGUGGAGUGGAGAAAGAAGGGAUCUAAAAGCAAUGCAGUGACUGUAGGCUCAAUGUUUGAGGGUCAAGACAGCAUGGACAAGUCAGGAGGGUUUACUUCUGCAAACCAAGGGGAGAUUCCGAUUAAUGCUCUUAGCAGUCAUUCUUCAUUCAGUGUCUCUGGUGGAAUUGCUGGCUUUUACAAUAACCAUAUUGGAUCAUGCAAUUCAUUUUCGGACGAUAUAGCCAGAGAUUGUGUGCAAGUCCCUGCCAAAGCUCAAGACAAUAUGUUGCUGAGGCAUAUACCCGUCUUCCGUGCUUCAUUAUCUCAGGAAGGAUUGUCUGAUUGUGACUCAGAUCCUCCUAUCAGGGGAAAAAAUUCUUUAAGCAGCAAUGAGGGAGGAAAGCGAGAACCUGGGGGAAAUCUUGCAAACCAUUUGGACAUUGCGGCAUCUGCCAAGAAAGAGAUGCACUUCCGGAGUACCUCAUCACGUGGCGAUGGUGACGUCUCAGAGGCAUCAUUUAUUGAUAUGUUGAGAAGUAACGCACAGAAGAAUGCUGUGCCGGAGGUCCAUGGAACAGGGGGCCCAGAGUCUUCCGAUGGGAUCCAUGGGGGCAGGGGUGGCAAAACGAAAGGAAAGAAAGGGAGGCAGAUUGAUCCUGCACUUCUUGGUUUUAAAAUCACAAGCAAUCGCAUUAUGAUGGGUGAAAUACACGGUAUAAAUGAUUAGAUCGAUUCUUCUGUAAUUUUGUAUGACAUCUUCCCUUGUAAGCUGUAUGGGUUCGAAGCUCUUGGCGGAAAGCGUCUUAUAAAAAUUUUUAUAUUUUUUUUUCCCUUUUUUCUAUCUCCUUGGUGAAAAUGAGAAUACAGGAUGCCCGGUUUAGAAAUCCAAUGGUAGGACAAGUACCGUGAGUCAAUGACAAGCUAUAGAUUUGUAUAGACUAACAAAUCUUACAAGGAGAGCUCUUAUAUUUUGAAGCUGGUUUCAGUUAACUUUUUGAAUCGAUUCUUAAAUUCUUUUAUUAGCGUUUUAAUGAUAGGCUUUUAUUUUGAACUAGUGAUCUUCAGUCGGAUCAUUUUCCAUUAACACUGUGAAGGGGUUUAACUCGUUAAAAAUAUCUAAUU